CUCUCACGGCAUGUCCCAUCAUCUACCUGGAUACUGGUCUAUGGUACAAAUCAACAUGGUAUGAGCCUGAAUAUGCUCUAUCAUAGGCUGAGAGACGUGAAAACUUCUGUUCUCUUGGUAGUAAAGGCUCAAGAGGGAUUUGUAAGUGAGCCGGCUAUUUAUACAGUGUCAUCUGGAACCUAUUUUCGUAUUGAUCAUAACUAUAACAAAAUUCUCAAAUUUGAUUGCCUAUCAACUGACGGUGAAAUAGAACAGUGCUGCCUAAGUAAUUGGACAGUACGCGCCAUCACGCGCGCGCACUUAAAUAGCUUUGUUUUCACUGCUAGCAAAAAACAGUCGGAAUUUCUUGUGUUCUAAUUUACUCGUGAUUAAACAAAUCGGACUACGACGUUAAUCAUCUCAUGUGAACGAAUUGGACUCCAUUUAGUCCUAUUACCUUGAUUAAUUAAUAUACAAUAGCAUUUAGGAGUUUUUUUUCCAUCACUCUUUCCUAAUUUCCAAUACUUUUUCUUUUUGUUGGUCUUUAAGUACACUUUGUUCGAAUUUUUUUAAAGAAAGUUAACGAUGAAAAACGUUGCAUUAUAUGUCAUCAUCGGAAUUUCUUCCUCAAGCUAUAAUUAUACUAGAGGAGAAAUGUUUCCGGAAUUUAUUACAUUUAGCUAUAGGGUAUUCGGACCUGUAGGCGUUUACACAAACACAGCCAAAUGGAAAAAAUUAAUUCGCACUGUUCACUUUAGCUUACGAAUUCAUAUUUUAGGGCACGCGACCAAACUCGGAUGUUUGUGUUUCGGGUUCAGGCAGUCCAACUAGCAUAGACCUAGCUUCAAGCCUUGUGCAUGAAUCCCUGACCUAUAUGACGAAAUGGCUCUCAUGUUUCGCCUUCUUCGAACGAUUUCUGUCUUCUGCACAACAUUUACAUCAUAGGUAACUUUCCACAAAAGUGAAAAGAUCGCAAGAGAUACAGAUAGUGGGUCCCUCCAUCACACACGUACACGGUUAAUUUGGGGCGUCUAUAUUUCCAGUAUCAUACAUUUUGAAAAUGAAAUCCAGUUCUUUUUGUUAACAUUUGUUUAUUAGGUGUUUGGUUUUUUUUCUCCAAUUUCUCCUCGGAUGGACGCUAGUUUCUGUAGGUUUGGAAAAUCAUAUUUCUUCACUUGUAGACCACAGUUCAAGGUAAACUUAGCGAUAAGACCGAAAACUGAAUAUAUUGCCCAAUGUUUCAUCUGGCGGACGACCAGUUCUUUCCACCAACGUUUUUUCUUCACCUACACACGAGACCCUUUUAAAUAGCGGUUGUCAGAGAAAACCGGGCAAAAUGUUCAAAAUGUCAACGGAAGGGGGUCAACAGAAUAAGCUCAUACUAACAUCAUAGAUAGGUUAGGUGGAUCAAUGGACAAAUAUAAUAAGCAUAGGUUCUUCACUGCUUUGUAUUAGAGAUACGAGCAUCACUUUAUUUGACCCCUUCGGACGCCAUUUUUGUAAGCAAAUUUUGACCAUUUUCUGAAGCCAACAAACUCCUCAAAAUUAAACUAGCGAAGUUCAUUUUUUGUAUGCGAUACAACACAACACAGGACUAUCUUCGAAAACCAUAAACAUUGUUAAGUAGCCACGGGCAAGACUAAAACUUUCUUAUUUUACCUGACCUAAACUCAGUAUCUGCAAGCGAAUCAAAAAUCGGUCGUUUUUGAAUUGAUCUGUAGCGCAUAACUAAAGGGAUAAUAAAACUCUGACAGCCAAAUUGCAGUCUACAAUCACCCAUGUUACCAAAACACUAAUAAUCAUUUUGGCUCGUUGGAAAAGGAAGAAAUUAGAAAACUCACAUUUGUCGUAGGUACCAACCUUUUUCUUGAAGAUAGGCCGAUCCCUUCUUGUUCGUUUUAAGUCCUCUUGAUGAUUUUUGUUCCCUAUGUCGCUGUCAGCUAUGGUCAGCAGGUAGAGGAAAUAUCAAAAAGUUCGAAAUACUGUCACUGUAACAUCUUGGAACGGCGAAAAGUGCUAAACCAUGGGAUAAAACUAGAAAAUAACAAAGCGACGCCAUCUUGAAAGUUCAGUGCUCGGGAGGGACUGGCACUAGUAGCUGACAAGACGACGAAAAAUAAGGUAAAAGACAGAAACAAACGACUCAGUAAAUAAAUGCACGCUUCUUUAACAAAUCACAAACAAACCCUUAUCAGCUACUUGCUCCAAUAUUACUUCUCUGUUUACUACAUUUCGUUCGUGCACUUCUGGGUCGUCAUUUUUUUGCGGAGUGUAUGGAGUGGAGAAUAUAAUGGGCUAUUAACCUGGGACUUCUCUUUCCGUUUGGGAGGCGAAAAAGAAAAAUAAGAACUCCUGAUCACAGGUUAAUGGGUGAUUAACUCGACGUACUCCAUCCGCUCUUCAUUUUGAGUUAUCCCGUGAAUGUGGAUAACAUUGACCUUAUGCCUUACUGGGAAUCAAUUCACCUCGUUUCAUAGCUUGCUCAGGAGCCCUUUUUCAGGUCUGUAGGUUUUGCGGUCUGGUUUGUGGGACUUAUAAGGUAUUCAAAAUUCGCGCCAAAGUUGUUCUAAAAAUAAACUUGUUAGUUAAAACGCCGUGACAUGACUACAUAGAAGCUGCUCGCUCCAGGUUAUGGGCUCCUGCGUGACGCAAAUAAUUGGGAGCUGCAAUCCAGAUAUUCACAAGACGAUUCAGAAGACUACGCGCAAACGGCCUAUUCUGAAAUGGACGGCUACCGUCGAAGGUAGUUUUAGGGUACUGUUCCUUGCGCAGCCGUCUUAAAACUUUACGGUAUAAUGGGGUUGAAUUCAUGUAAAUGUCAGUGGGGAGUGAGGGUUGGUCAUAUUUUGUUAGUGACUAGGAGGGGUAAUUGGGUAAGAGCUAGCUUUCCAGGGAAACACAGAAACUCCAUUUAAAGUAAAAAACGCGAUUGUGAAAACUCAGGGAUAGUAGAUGACAACAGCAAAAUAAAUAAGGAGUUGUGUUUUAUAACUCGGUGCAACACAACGUCACAAGAGGACUAUUGGAAAAAAAGUCAUGUUAGAAUUUUAAUAUAUCGAACGUGGGCUAUUCGCGGGCUAGACGGACUAUACCAAUGGUCCAGGCUAUGCGUGCAUGGGCCGUCUGCAUCGCAGGCUAUGAGCGCUUUCCAUUUGCCAAACUAAACCUUCAUGAUAAGUGGAAUGAUCAAGACAAAAUGGAGCGACAGUGUUCUUUUGAAACAACGUUUCAAUCGCAUCGAAACGAUUCAUUUGCGUUUCGACCGAAAUUUUGAUUGCUGCUUAGCAAGGUAGGACUGAAAACGAAAAUUUUUGGCAAUGGAACGGGAAGUUUCGGUGGGACCGGACCAACCAAGGCGUCCCAUUUAUUUCUCGACCGAAAUUUCCGAAAAUUUUGUUAUAAUGGAAAGCACCCCAUAUUAUUCCUAACGCCUGAAAGACGUAGCCUUUUGGGCGGAGCCUUCCUGCAUACUGCAGGCUAUCAUAAGGAACGCGCCUGCCGUUUCAUCUAAGGUAGAAGAAAAAGGGUCACCAGCAACAUCAUUUAUUACGGAGCCCGUGCUUGAAAGGAAUGGGAGACGAGUGGAUGUUCAGACGUGGACGGUGAUCGGAGAAUGACGCACCAUUUCACGGAUAUAAUAAAAAAGUCAAUACCUCUAAUCCUAAAAGUAAAUUAAAGACCAAAGAGUUGAAAGAAAGAAAUGUUAUGACUUUUACGGGAUAACUCAAAAUGAAGUGAAAGAGCGAAUGAGUUAAUCAGCCAGUUAAUCACCCGUCACCAUACUCCUUAAAUUUAACUACCAAGAGUAAUUAACAGAAAUCAAACUUGGAGCACGUAGAUAAUAACUGAUUGUUGCUUUGUUUGUAUGUACUUCAUGAUCUGUAUUUGCAUAGUUUGUCUCGCCUCCAAAUGAGACCAUCUAGUUUCCGUUUGGAGACAAGUCAAGUACUAGUACCUGUCCCUUCCGAGUACUGGAUUUCUACGAUGGCGUCCCUUUUUAUAUUUUAAUUGUAUCCAAUUGUUCAGCACUUUUUGCUGUUUUAAAAAACAACAAUGGCAGUAUUUCGAGUUUUGUGGAAUUCACUUGCUGACCAUAGUGAAAUAGGGAAGAAAAAACAUCAGGAGGUGAAUUGACUCCCAGUAAGCCUUAGGGUGAAUGUUAUCCACAAUCACGGGAUAACUCAAAAUGAAGAGCGGGUGAAGUAAUUCGAGUCACAUAACCCGGAGCGAGCAGCUUCUAUGUAGUCGUGUCACGGCGCUUUUAAUAACCAGUCCAUUUUUAGAACAAUUUUGGCACGAAUUUUGAAUACCUUAUAAGUCCCACAAACCAGACCGCAAAACCUACAGACCUGAAAAAAGGCUCCCGCGCAAGCUAUGAAAUGAGGUGAAUUGAUUCCCAGUAAGGCAUAAGGUGAAUGUUAUCCACAUUCACGGGAUAACUCAAAAUGAAGAGCGGAUGAAGUACGUCGAGUUAAUCACCCAUUAACCUGCGAUCAGGAGUUCUUAUUUUUCUUUUUCGCCUCCCAGACAGAAAGAGAAGUCCCAGGUUAAUAGCCCAUCAUAUUCUCCACUCCAUACACUCCGCAAAAAAAUGACGACCCAGAAGUGCACGAACCAAAUGUAGUAAACAGAGAAGUAAUAUUGGAGCAAGUAGCUGAUAAGGGUUUGUUUGUGAUUUGCAUACGAAGUGGGCAUUUGUUUAUUGAGUCGUUUGUUUCUGUCUUUUACCUUAUUUUUCGUCGUCUUGUCAAAAACUAGUGCCACUCCCUCCCGAGCACUGAACUUUCAAGAUGGCGUCGCUCUGUUAUUUUCUAGUUUUAUCCCAUGGUUAAGCACUUUUUGUCGUUCCAAGAUGUUACAGUGACAGUAUUUCGAACUUUUUGAUAUUUCCUCUACUUGCUGACCAUAGCUGACAGCGAAAUAGGGAACAAAAAUCAUCAAGAGGACUUAAAACGAACAAGAAGGGAUCGGCCUAUCGUCAAAAAAAAGGUUGGUACCUAUGACAAAUGUGAGUUUUCUAAUUUCUUCCUUUUCCAACGAGCCAAAAUGAUUAUUAGUGUUUUGGUAACAUGGAUGAUUGUAGACUGCAAUUUGGUUGUCAGAGUUUUAUUAUCCUUUUAGUUGUGCGCUACAGAUCAAUUCAAAAACGACCGAUUUUUUAUUCGCUUGCAGACACUGAGUUUAGGUCAGAUAAAAUAAGAAAGUUUUAGUCUUGCCCGUAGCCACUUAACAAUGCUUAUGGUUUUCGAAGAUAGUCCUGUGUUGUGUUGUAUCGCAUACAAAAAAUGAACUUCUGUAGUUUAAUUUUGAGGGGUUUGUUAGCUUCAGAAAAUGGUCAAAAUUUGCUUACAAAAAUGGCGUCCGAAGUGGUCAAAUAAAGUGAUGCUCGUAUCUCUAAUACAAAGCAGUGAAGAACCUAUGCUUAUUAUAUUUGUCCAUUACUCCACCUAACCUAUCUAUGAUGUUAGUAUGAGCUUAUUCUGUUGACCCCCUUCCGUUGACAUUUUGAACAUUUUGCCCGGUUUUCUCUGACAACCACUCUUAAGACAUUUUUCACUUCAUCCAAGCAGUAUACAGGACGCGGCAUGUCAGUGAAUUUAGUAACCGACUUAGCUCUCAAACGACUUCUCCCAUAAAGUAAAUUGGUGGCAUGGUGUUUGAGGGCUGAGACGUUUUCCUUGUCCCAUUCCUUGUCCCAAUUGCUCUUUUUCCUUGUAUCACUGUGAUUCUUUAAAAACACGCGAUAUUUAUUCGCUCUGUGUCGGCGAAUCGAAGACAGUCUCGAAUUUUGGAUUUCGGCUUCCUUGUUAAUAGAACUUGGAUUCCGGAUUCCAAUAGUUAACGCGAUUCCGGUUUCCUUGAGCUGUAGUUUUGGAUUCCAAAACCCGGGAUUCCAGAUUCCACCGGAUAAAAUUCUCGAAUUCCGGAUUCCAGAAACAAACAUUUUGCGGAUUCCGGAAUCUGGAUUCCCUUACCUGGUCGAAAAGUUAUGUUCAUUAUCGGGGCGCACGUAGUCUUACCCUAGGUUCCAGAGGACAUUUUUUCAUAUCGAUACAAAUGUUUCGCGGCGAAGCCGUGUCAACAAGGCGCGAAGCGCCGAGAGACGUCAACGAGCGCCGAAAGAUAGAAAAGUCCGUCUCGGGAGCCUUAUCAAACCGUAAGCACGGUAUAUUUUAUCCUAGGUAUUUCAAGAACGGACUUCUGGAGCCAGGGUAACGUAGCCUCACAAUAUCACAUGUAGUUAGGGAUACAGGUCUCUACAUUUGCUUGGCUCUUUUUGUAGAUUUAUCCAUGCCGUGAAAGAAAUUCUUACUACAUGACAGGAGAUGCAAAUGGACUUGCCUUCGGAAGCAGUGAGUAAGUGUUUUUCUUUUCGGUGUUUUUAUAUGGCACUCUUCCUUUCCGGGUAUUGACGAACAAUGCGUACACUAUACUAUUUUGUUUAUGAAUUUAAUAAUGAUUAGUAAAAUACAUCAAUGAAAUAAAACUUAUUUUAAUCGACAAAGCGAUGAUCUUCAGUCUCUAGUUGAGUUAUGUGUUGCUCAACCGAGUCGUUCCCAUGUCACGGGUAGGAAAGAACCGUGGGAACGAGGUUGCGUGUUGAUGAGUUCAUGUCUUUUAUAUUAAAACCCUUCUUCGUUUGACUAUUUUCAUUUUUUUGUGUCUAAUUGCCUAAACCUCAACCCGCCUUUGUUCUUUGGGCCUUUAAGUUGGUCCAAAACUGCCCACAUUGCUAGAUGCAACAUUUGGAUCUGUCUUUUGAUUUUAUAACAGCUUUACAUGGCUUCGAAGGACUUUUAGGACCAACAGCCCGUUCUAUUAUGUUCUGUUAUGUUAGAAAAAACAUGAUGGGUCUGUUCACGCGACGAAGUACCAAGAACGCUUUUCAAAAGUCAGAACUGGCCGACCAGAUGUUUGAGUAAUUGAAACGUGAAACAUAAGUCUUUUCUCGAAAUUUUUUCUGUAAUCAUAGGAGUCAUACGGAUUAACAAAAUCGCGGGAGUCCGAUUUGUUUAAUCACGGGUAUGAUUACAGACCGAAUUGGACGAUACAAAUCGAAGUUCUGUUACAAUUUUAUCAUAAUCAUUACAAUUUUCCAGAAAACAAAUGCAUUUUGUUUUUGUGAAAGAGCUUUUAAUACCAAUUAUCCAAAAUUAGGAAAAAUAUCGAAGAGACAUUGGGUAAUGUUACAAAUUCGUCCAUUUUUGCUUAGGUUAUAGUGAUAAAUUCUGCGAUUAAAGGUGUCCGAUUACAGUCAACUGUCCGAUUACAACCGUACACAAUGAUUUGUGAAAAAUAAAGCAGUCAACGCACCAAUCAAAUUUGAGGAAAUUGUAACGGUUAUGAUUAAUAGUGAAUUCUCUUUUUGAUCGGGCUGCUCUAGUCAGCCAAAACUGACAAAUAGUAAGCGCCCCUAGUAUGCUGACGCGAGGACACAAAGAACGGCUGCGUUAAAGACUAUGAAGUACCUUGAUCACUAUUAAAUUUUUGUUAAUUUUCAGGGGGAAAUUUGGGCUUUGGUUAGACAGUGAUCUGUAUCAUGGUAGAAGCACUGCUUGCGAAACUUAUGACAGCGAGAUGCUUUCCGCCACCGAGGAUUUCGUUUGUCUUGGCGUUGAAGUCUGGACUUUU